CGCGAGCAACCCUUCACGUUAUUCCGCUAUCAGUAGACAUGAGGUGGCAAACCGUCGAUAGACUGCAAUCUCAUGCACAUCUUGUACCAUUCUAUUUUGGGUUUGUAAGACCAGGUAGUAACUGGCUAUGCACAUACGGUGCUGAAAUGAUCAUGAUGUACGUUCAACUGCGCAAACUGAGAUCAUGAUGUUGAUCCACCAGCUCUCUAUCGGACUCAUUGACGGAUCUUUGAAAAUGUAUUUGACUGAUGUCCUGGUGGAUGAUAGGACAACAUAAAAGUCACAGCUAGGGACCAUUACAUCGUCAACGAGGUACAAUGGCCUCUCCCAAAGUCUGGUUUAUAACGGGGACGUCCUCAGGAUUCGGAAGGUCUAUGACGGAGUAUGCACUCAGCCAAGGCAACAUCGUAGUAGCGACCCUCCGCAAGCCACAAGUCCUAUCUGAUCUCGCAGCCCGAUACUCAGCAGACAAGCUCCUCGUACUCAAAGUCGAUGUUACGAAGCAAGAGGAUAUCGACGAAGCAUUCGUGCGCACACGUUCGGCAUUCGGACGGCUGGACGUAGUGUUCAACAAUGCCGGAUAUGCACUUCUCAUGGAAAUUGAAGGCACGCCCGAUGAUAGAGCGCGUGAGCUUUUCGAGACAAAUUUUUGGGGUGCGGCGAAUGUUAGUCGUGCUGCCGUGAAUUUUUUUAGGGAGGUGAAUGAACCGGGAAAGGGGGGAAUAAUUCUUCAAGUUAGUUCUGUUGGUGGGUUUCACGCGCUUCCUGGGUUUGGUUAUUAUGCUGCAUCGAAACAUGCACUGGAUGGUUUCUCAGAUGGCCUUGCAAAAGAGCUGCCAGCUUCCUGGAACAUAAAUAUCUGUAUCAUUGAACCUGGGGCAUUCCAUACAAACGGAAGCAGAGGGGUAAUGGUAUUACCGCAGCAUCUAGCAUACAUCAACGAGUCCUUUCCGACUUCGAGGUUCCGUCAGAUGAUGGAGGGCGCGGUUUUUGAAGGAGAUCCGGAAAAGUUCACGCGGACUGUGUAUACCGUUGUACAGGGAGGAAAGAUACCGAAGCGAUUGCCUAUGGGUUUGGAUGCGCUUAAAAUGCUGAAUCUUAGGAUUGAGAAUUUAAAGGCGACUGUGGACGAGACGAAGGAAUGGUCAGUGGAUCUGAAGAGACUUGAUCUCGGAGUCGGACUUCUAAAAAUAGCUUAAUACCAUGUAUCCCACCCACUCUACAACUCCAAUGAACGUGAUCUCUAUCAUCCAAGCUAUGAGUAGGACUAAAUUCAUUCGCCCGCUCAUUACUACAAGAAUAGCUUCCUACAGACUAUACUGAGACUCUCAGCGACAAGCACGUAACAUGCUCAGGCUUAUCCUUGCCUGCUCGUGUACAUCCUCACAGCUACAACUAU